UGGAAGCAGUGACAACCUCUCUUUCACACUCGUCCCGGUUGACAUCGCCGACAGCUACAAAGAUACAACCUUAAACCUUAAUUUCACACACCCAUCAUUGCUUUCCCUCUCUAGAUUCAUUCGUGUUCUGAAUCUUGUCUGUGCGAUCGAUCACCAAUAGAGAGAGAAAGAGAAAGCCAUAGCUAUGAACCAGACAGGGGUUGCGGUUUUGAGGGUGGGUUUGGUGGUGGUGGCUCUCUGCAUAGCUAGCUACAUACUCGCUCCUCCUCUCUAUUGGCAUUUCAGAGAAGGUUUGGCUGCAGUCAAACACUCUUCUUCUUCAUGUGCCCCUUGCCUCUGUGAUUGUUCCUCACAACAACCCAUCCUUUCGAUUCCUCAAGGGCUGAGCAACACUUCAUUUGGAGAUUGUGCAAAGCCUGAUCCAGAAGUGACUGGAGACACUGAAAAGAAUUUUGCAGAGCUGUUGUCUGAAGAGCUAAAGCUACGUGAAAAUGUAGCUUUGGAAAAUCAACGACGUGCUGACAUGGCUCUGCUCGAGGCAAAGAAGAUUGCAUCUCAGUAUCAGAAAGAAGCAGACAAGUGCAAUUCAGGGAUGGAGACAUGUGAGGGGGCUAGGGAGAAAGCUGAGUUGGCAUUGGUCGCACAGAAGAAGCUAUCUGCAUUGUGGGAACUUAGAGCGCGCCAGAAAGGAUGGAAAGAAGGGGUUACCAAAUCUCAGUCUCAAGGGAAAGUACAGAGUUCUUAGAAGCAUAGCAUGUCCACUUGUUGCAUAUUACUUUUCAAAGAAGUGAUUUAAAUUGCUGGUAAUAGUAAAUCAUCUUAGCUCCCGAAUUUGUUAUUGAUAGUUAAAGUGUAAUGUAAUACAAAUGCUGUUGUAUUUUUGACGCCCUUUUUUGGGCAUUGAUUCCACAGGUACCACUGCUGAAAGCUAGAAAUUGUUAUAUGUUAUGAGAAGCUAGCUUAUCUUAUAGAGUGUGUUGGUUGUGUUGGAGAUCUGCCAAAACCAUGGUCUUGUGAAAUCCUAAUACAAAACAAAACAUGCACCAGUGUAGAUUGAAGGUUCAAUAUUGAACUCAGAUUAAUGCUUUCUUUGUUUUGCUCAA